AUUGUCCAAUGAAGCCCCAAAAAUGGCUCAUGUGCAGUAACCCACAGGUCCGACCCCAAUGGCCAUCAAGAGUCCUAGCUCGCUCCAGCCACCUUAGACGCUUCAAUUCUUCCGCUCCUCCCUACUACUACCAGCCUCUCCAGACCCUCAAAGAUGUCGACAUAGAAAUAUUUCGCGACCGAUUUUUUAUACCAGAGCUUCCUGUCCUCCUUCCACGUCGUUCAUUCCGCGACCUCCCGGCAUAUGAGCGCUGGUUUCACCACACCGCAACAAAACCACAACUGAACAUAGAAUAUCUGGCAGAUCACGGCGGAGAUGCAUUGGUCCCCCUGGAACUCACUCAGUCUGAACGAUCGAUAUCAAUAUCUGAAGAUCCAGGACUCAGCUUCCGCAAGUUCCACGCGCCGCUAAGCCUCUUCCUCCAAUGGAUCCGCGAGGCCCAAUCUUCAUCGCAACUACAGUCGCGCCUAUAUCUGGCUCAAUGCCAACUCCUUGACCUUCCCCAGAUUCUCCGCGACGAUUUCCCUACGCCUACAAUAGUGGCAAAGGCGGGGAAAGGUGAUGUCUAUGAUACAAAUAUCUGGAUGGGAUAUCCGCCCACCUACACGCCUUUGCACCGAGACCCGAACCCCAAUCUGUUUGUACAACUUGCUGGACGCAAGACUGUGCGGUUGCUGGGACCGCGAGAUGGACAGGCAGUUUUCUCACAUGUGCGAGGUAAGUUGGGUCGCAGUGGGAGUCGGGAGGCGGCAGCCUUCAGGGGUGAAGAGAUGAUGCAGGGCCGGGAAAGAGGUCUGUUGGAGCAAGCUAUCUGGGAUGAUGCGGGGAAGGGACAAUCAGGACAAUGCACUGAAGGGUUUGAAGCGGAGCUUGACGCGGGCGAUGGGCUAUUCAUUCCCAAAGGUUGGUGGCAUAGCAUAAAGGGAAUGGGCGAGAGCGUUACUGCUUCAGUUAACUGGUGGUUUCGUUAGCUAUAUCCAGUUCGGACACGUCCUGAACUUGAAUUGCUAUAAAUUGGUAUCGCAGAAAGAAGCGAUAUAGUCCUGUAAUAGUAUCUUCAACUCU